AUGGAUUCACCGAAGUAUGAAGAUUCCCACCUCGACGAGAAGGCUGCUGCUCUCAGAGAUGAAAAGACCCGGCCGGAUUGUGAGAUAUGCAAUGCACGCCACCAGAGACGCCAAGUUCUAAAGAACAGUCUGUUAAUCGCUAUACUAUUACUUGUUUGGCGGUAUUCUCAAUCUCUGCUCGCCCUAUCAGGAAUUUACUGGAAUGACCAAUAUGCCUCUACCGAUGGCAACGACACCACAACACCAAGGCACAUGAGCUUCGAUACAAUCACACCUAGCGAAAAACUCGAAUGGCACUCCUGUUUCUCGCACGUGUUCUGUGCCCGCUUGACGGUCCCAAUGGACUACAACCGCCCCCUCAACACCUCAUCAGCCAAUCCCAAAGUUCACAUCGCCCUUCUCCUGAUCCCAGGCAAGCGCAAGGGCUCCAGCAGAUCGUCCACGUCGCCAUUGCUCCUCAACCCCGGCGGUCCCGGAGGCUCUGGCGUGCAAUUCGCACUCUUAGCCGGGUCCCAGCUCCAAACAGUCGUAGGCGAGGAGCAAGAUGUCAUCGGCUUCGACCCCCGCGGAGUCGGCGCCACCACGCCUCGAGCGGACUGUUUCGCGUAUCCGUCGGAAGCCGCGAAUCGUGAUGCGUCUCUGGUGGUUAGAGAUGAGGAUUACAUCCGUGGCAAUUUCCAUCGCGCGACGUGGGUGACCGCGGGCACGGCCAUUGGGACUGUCAACUCCAGUGCGGAUUCCUUGCUCAGGCUUGAUGUUAGGGCCAGGACGAUGGCUAGGCUUUGUGGAGAGAAGGAUGCGCUGUAUGGGAAUGGUAGUAUUCUGAGAUACGCCCAUACGCCGAGUGUUGCGCGGGAUAUGCUUAGCAUUGUUGACGCUUGGGAUGAGUGGAGAGGCAGGACCGGUGAUGCUGACCCGGAUGAGAAAACGGUCAUGACUCCAGACUCGGACGGUGAAGCUAGUGCAGACACGAAAGGAAAGCUUGUAUAUUGGGGUUUCAGUUACGGAACUCUGCUCGGGGCAACGUUCGCGGCCAUGUUUCCGGACCGAGUCGGUCGAGUCAUCCUCGAUGGCGUAGUUGACGCAGAUCACUACGUCUCCCCCGUCUGGCAAGGUACCAUCCAAGACGCCGACAAGGUUUCCACCUCAUUCUCCUACUAUUGCCACAAAGCCCGCGUCAAUUGCGCCCUCUACCGCCCCUCCGACACCAUAUCAUCCAUCGAAGAUCGCUUCCAGAGCAUCUUGAGCAGAAUCCAUGAGCGCCCCAUCACGUCCAUCCACCCCUUCUCCAGACAACCAGUCGUCACAACCAUCAGCCAGGUGCGCAUGAUGCUGUUCUCGAUACUGUAUUCCCCAAACCGGGGCUUCCCCGCCGUCGCGUGGAUCUUCGACCAGUUACUCCGCGGAAACGAGGAUGUCCUCGCACAAGUCUUCCCGCUGCCCGAGCCCGAGCUGCUUUGUGCUCCUCAGACCCCGGCAGAAGUCCUUCCAAACGAGGCCCAGAUUGCGAUCAUGUGCAGCGACAAGCGGUAUCCGUUCAACGCCAGCCUCCCGGAGAUCCAACACACCUUCGAAGAGAUGGCGCAGGAAUCAUCCUGGGCCGACGUCUGGAUGACCGUCAUGAUCGCCUGCGACGCCUACCCCGUGCAAGCAACCGACCCCCCCAUGCGCUGGGACGACCACCCCCCCCACCGAGCCGACCCCGUCCCGACCGCCUUCCCGCUGCUCUUCCUCAGCAACACCGCCGACCCGGUCACGCCCCUGGCCGCCGGCGUGAAGAUGGCCCGGAGGUUCGUCGCCGCCGGUCUCGUCGAGCAGCGCUCCAUGGGCCACUGCAGCAUCGCCGCCGUGUCGGGGUGCACCAUUCGCAAGAUCAGAGCCUACCUGCGGGAGGGCGUCGUGCCGCCGCACCCCGUCCGCGGGCGCCGAGGCCGAGAGCUCGUCGAUGGGAAAUGGGACCGGUGCUCGGCUGACGAGUACCCCUGGAAGCCCUUCGCCGGUGGCAUCACCGUCGCCGAGCCCGGGACCGAGCCCGGGACCGGGGAGGGUGAAGUCGAGGCCGAGGUCUCGAGCAUGCGGGCGAUGAAGGAAGUGCAGGAAGUCUUUGGCAAGAUGAGAUCGUGGGGCCAGCCCGGGCUUCCGCUUGACUUUGACGCCGUCAUGCCCGUGCCGAAGCGGAGCGAAUGA